GUGAUUUGCCACAUUUCCUUUUUAGUUCUCACAGCGUUGAGUUGAGUUGCGUUGAGUGUCUUUUCUUGUCGAAAAACAACGUGGUUUUUUUUCAAACGAGUAAUCUCUAUACUUUAUACCAUGUCUUCCGAAAGGUCUUUCAUAAUGGUUAAGCCAGAUGGUGUUAGUCGAGGAUUAAUUGCUCCCAUUAUUCAACGAUUCGAACAAAAAGGAUUUAAAUUGGUCGCUAUGAAAUUUAUGAAGGCUGAUAAAGAACUUCUGGAAAAACAUUAUGCAGAGUUGAGUUCAAAGCCAUUCUUUGAUGGGUUAGUAAAGUUCAUUUCAUCUGGACCAGUUGUACCUAUGGUAUGGGAAGGUAAAGGUGUGGUAAAAACAGCACGUCAAAUGCUUGGUGAGACUGAUCCAGCUAAGUCCAUGCCUGGGUCAAUCCGUGGUGAUUACUGCAUUGACAUAGGAAGGAAUAUUAUCCAUGGCAGUGAUUCUGUUGAAACUGCUGCUCGUGAGAUCAAGUUGUGGUUCAAAGAUGAGGAACUAGUUGACUGGGAGGCCAACAACGCAUGUUGUGUCUAUGAGAAAUAGAAACAGCUAGACAAAAUACUCUGCAAUGUAGUCAAUCUUAAUUUUAGGAUUUAAAUUAAAAAAUACAUUGUCAAUAUUCA